AUGGCUGCAGCUGUGGCAGCCGGCGCAGCCCGACCAUCUGUUCAAGCAGUGACGGUCUCCGAUGGCUUAGAGUGCCGCGAACAACUUGCCGCUUCACCUGCACCUAUCACUGUUACUUCUAAGAAGGUCGAACAGGUUUUUAAUGGCCAGCGAACCGAUGCUGAUGAAAUCAUUUUGCAACCGCGAUCAUUAAACGAAGCUGUCGCAACCACACUUGCAGCUGACACGAAUACCUUACCUCGAAAUAGGUGCGAUUCAACAAUAAGGUCCAAUUCCACGAAUCCGCUGCGUCGUGAUGACACUCCGAACGUCAAGCUCGUCUCUGCAAAUGUCUGGAUUCCCCCACGUGCAGAAGAGCGGUCCACAUCUUCUCGUGACUCCACUAAUAUCCGCGCGGUUCAAGAAGUAGUCGCCGAAUUACGAGAAGAUAAUGAAGCAGAAAGGAGCACAUGCUCUUCACCGGUUCUUCGUAUCCUAAGUAGUAAUGGCCAUGCUGCUUCCCCCUUGAUGCCGCAGGGCACUAAGUGCCAGAUAUGUGGAGUGAAUGCUGAGUCUCCCAUCGAUCUACAGGUUCAUCUGUACUCGGAUCACAUCUCAAUUCGAGACGGGAAAGAUUUGAAGUGUCCGAAAAGGCACUGUGAUAAGGUUUAUCCAAACAAGGAGAGCCUGAGGCUGCACAUUAUUGCACACUAUCAGCAACGCGUUGAUGCCACUCCUGGUGCUCAGUUAUUUGCAGAAGCUCGAGAGGAAGACUCGGUGUCGUCGACGUCAGCCAUGGCAAGUCGACUGACCGAGGAUGUUGCCGAUGCACGUGGUUCACCCAUGUCUGACGCGAGUGACGGUUCCUGGCCAAGCCCUGCUAGCGUAGAAAUUGCGCGGUCUGGAGCCCCUUCUGAGCCAAAGAAAACUCAAGAAGAAGAGGUGAUGAAUUUUACUCCUUGUAACACGCUGUACGCCUUUGAUAUCUACUAA